AUGGUAAAAAAAAACAAUGAUAAAUGGCGCAUGUGUGUUGAUUUCACUGAUCUUAACAAAUCAUGCCCAAAAGAUGCUUAUCAUUUACCAUCUAUUGAUUCUUUAGUUGAUAAUGCUUCAGGUUAUGCAACAUUAAGCUUUAUGGACGCAUAUUCUGGUUAUAACCAGAUUCUAAUGCAUCCUUCUGAUCAAAAUAAAAUUGUCUUUAUUACUAAAUAUGGUAAUUAUCUCUACAAGGUUAUGCCUUUUAGACUUAAUAAUGCAGGAGCAACCUAUCAGCGUCUCAUGGAUAAGAUAUUUGCAAACCAAAUUGGACGGAACAUGGAGGUUUACGUUGAUGAUAUGGUGGCAAAGACAAAGCUCGGCAACCAGCAUGUUGAUGAUCUCACUAAAAUUUUUAACCAAAUUAGACGCUAUAACAUGCGACUCAAUCUGAAAAAAAUGUGCUUUCGGUGUACAGGAAGGCAAAUUUUUAGGAUUUUUACUUACAAGACGAGAUAUCAAAGCAGAGGGCCAAUCAAAUCACACUACUUAGCAGAUUUUGUUGCCGAAUUCACUUCUCCAAAUUUGGAAGCACAUUCCAUGGUGUGGACCCUUUAUAUGGAUGGAGCAUCCAAUCCUCAAGGACGUAGCGCUGCAGUCCUCCUUGAAGAUGGUAACAGAUUUGUCUUUGAACACUCUUUACAUCUUUCUUUCAAAACAAGUAACAACCAGACAGAGUACAAAGCUCUGAUUGCGGGCUUAAGAUUUGGUAUACCUCGACACAUUAUCGCUGACAAUGAUCGCCACUUUGCCGAUAAAAAAUUUACCUCUUUUUUGCAGAACUUAAAAAUAACACAACACUUUUCUUCAGUGGAACACCCACAAACAAAUGUCUUAACAGAAGCAGCGAACAAGGUUAUUCUACAUGCUUUACGCAAAAAGCUAGAUGAUGCUAAAGGAUUGUGGACCGAGCUAAUACCAGAAAUUAUAUGGGGCUACAACACAACUAUUCACUCAACAACCAAGGAAACACCUUUUUGA